CGGUGACAGUGGGUCGCUCCAGGCUUGUGUUUACAGCUCGCUUGGAUGCUGGUCCCAGUAGUGCUUCCGACGAAAACUGGCGAACUACAAUGUUACGCCAAAUGCCAUUUGAGAACAUAUAACCGCAGGGAUAUAAAGGUGAUUUUGCACAUCAUCUCCCACUGCUUCUUCCUCUUCGCCUCUUCCAUUUAUGAGCAAAGUGGCUGAGUGUAAGAGCGACAACCAUGGAUGACAAGGGCUCAGUGGGGAAGAUUAGCGUGUCGUCGGACUCUGUGUCCACUCUCAACAGUGAGGACUUUGUCCUCGUGUCCCGGCUGGGGGACGAGACGCCCUCGUCCACUAAUAAUGGUAGUGAUGAUGAAAAGACAGGAUUGAAGGUAAUUUCUGAGGAAGGGGUCAGCUUUAAGAUUGUGGGAAAUGGCAGUGAACAGCAACUCCAAAAGGAGCUAGAGGACGUCCUCAUGGAGCCGUCAUUGGCCGACGCCAGGCCGGGGGCCCUGGUGGGUGCUGGGGAUCUCGGCCUCCCGCCCACCACAGCAUCACUCGUAGCACCAGGAACUGAUCCCCUCAGUGCACCGCCACACAAGGUGGCAAUGCUGCUUCCUGUUCAGACGGCUCAGGAGAGCGAGCUGAAUGAGCGGUCAUAUCGAGGAGAUGAAUCGUCAUCAGACGGCAGCCCUGGUAGUCCCAUCCCAGAUGACGACAGCGUAGUCUUCAGCCAGCUGACCUAUCUUGGGUGCGCCUCGGUCAACGCCCCCCGCAGUGAGGUGGAGGCCCUCCGUAUGAUGAGCAUCCUCAGGGGGCAGUGCCAGCUCCCCUUGGAUGUCACGCUCUCUGUGCCAGGCGUGUCGGAAGGCACUGUCAGGCUUUUGGACCCCAACAACAGUACAGAGAUCGCCAACUACCCCAUCUAUAAGAUUCUGUUCUGUGUGCGCGGCCAUGACGGCAUGCCGGAGAGCGACUGCUUUGCAUUCACCGAGAGCCACUACAACGCAGAGAUCUUCAGGAUACAUGUGUUCCGUUGCCAAAUCCAAGAGGCCGUGAGUAGGAUUCUGUACAGCUUUGCAACUGCAUUUCGGCGGUCAGCUAAGAAGGCAGCGCUGGCGUGUCAGCAGUCUGCUCCACUCACGCCUGACAGCGACUUGUUUAUCUUCACUGUCAGCCUAGAAAUCAAGGAGGAUGACGGCAAAGGCACUUUCAGUGCUGUAGCCAAAGACAAGGACAAGCAGAGCUUCAAACUGCGUGCUGGAAUGGACAAGAAAAUUGUAAUUUAUGUCCAACAGACAUCCAAUAAGGAACUGGCUAUUGAGCGGUGUUUCGGUCUUCUGCUUAGCCCUGGCAAGAACGUCAAGAACAGUGACAUGCACCUUCUAGACCUGGAGUCAAUGGGAAAAAGCUCGGAUGGGAAGUCUUACAUCAUCACAGGAAGUUGGACCCCCAGCACGCCCCAGUUCCAGGCUGUGAAUGAGGAAACGCCCAAAGAUAAAUUCAUGUACAUGACGACAGCGGUGGACCUAGUCAUUACGGAAGUAGAGGAGCCAGUGCGUUUCCUUCUGGAGACCAGGGUCCGAGUGUGCUCCCCCAAUGAUCGUCUCUUCUGGCCCUUCAGCAAGCGCAGCCACACUGAAACCUUCUACCUGAAACUGCGACAUAUGGAACGCAAGGAGCGGAAGAGUCCUUCCUCGGACACACUUUACGAGGUGGUGAGUUUGGAAAGUGAGACAGAGAGAGAGAAACGGAAGACCACAGCUAGUCCUGGCAUCCUUCCCGGUGGGCCUGGUUCUAUGGUCCCUUCUCCACCUGAGGAUGACGAAGAGGAAGACAAUGAUGAGCCAUUACUCAGUGGUUCUGGUGAUGUUUCCAAAGAGUGUGCAGAGAAGAUCCUGGAGACGUGGGGAGAUUUGUUAUCCAAGUGGCAUAUGAACCUGUGCGUGCGCCCCAGGCAGCUUCCAGCUCUGGUGCGGAGUGGCAUUCCUGAGGCGCUCCGUGGGGAGGUGUGGCAGCUCUUGUCCGGUUGCCACAACAAUGACCACCAGGUAGAGGAGUACCGCACUCUUAUCACAAAGGAAUCCCCGCAGGACAGUGCCAUCACCCGGGACAUUAACAGGACGUUCCCAGCUCAUGACUACUUCAAAGACACCGGAGGAGAUGGGCAAGACUCCCUGUAUAAGAUCUGCAAGGCAUACUCUGUGUAUGAUGAGGAGAUUGGCUACUGCCAGGGACAAUCCUUCUUGGCUGCUGUGCUACUGUUGCACAUGCCAGAGGAGCAAGCCUUCAGUGUGCUGGUCAAGAUCAUGUUUGACUACGGCCUCAGGGACCUCUUCAAGCAAAACUUUGAAGAUCUGCAUUGCAAAUUCUUCCAGCUGGAGAGACUCAUGCAGGAAUAUAUUCCAGAUUUGUACAACCAUUUCCUGAAUGUGGGUCUCGAAGCUCACAUGUAUGCCUCCCAGUGGUUCCUCACCCUCUUUACAGCAAAGUUCCCUCUCUACAUGGUCUUUCAUAUCAUUGACCUGCUUCUAUGUGAGGGCAUCAGUGUGAUCUUCAAUGUGGCUCUGGCACUUCUCAAGACUUCAAAAGAUGAUCUGAUCCAAACAGACUUUGAGGGUGCCCUCAAAUUCUUUCGUGUUCCAGUUCCCAAAAGGUAUCGCUCGGAGGAAAACGCCAAGAAACUGAUGGAGCUGGCUUGUAGCAUGAAGAUCAGCCAGAAGAAGCUGAAGAAGUUUGAGAAGGAGUACCACACUAUUCGGGAACAGCAGGAGCAGCAGGAGGCUCCCAUCGAGAGAUACGAGAGGGAGAACCGUCGUUUGCAGGAAGCCAACAUGCGCUUGGAGCAGGAGAACGAUGACCUGGCACACGAGCUGGUCAGCAGCAAGAUUGCACUGCGUAAAGACCUUGACAACGCUGAGGAGAAGGCUGACGCCCUGAACAAGGAGCUGCUGCUGACCAAACAGAAACUAGUGGACUCAGAAGAUGAGAAGAGACGACUGCAGGAAGAGUCGGCGCAGCUGAAGGAGAUGUGCAGGCGAGAGCUUGACAAGUCGGAAUCCGAGAUUAAGAAGAACGGCUCCAUUAUCGGGGAAUACAAGCAGAUCUGCUCCCAGCUGAGUGAGCGGCUGGAGAAGCAGCAAGCGGCCAAUCGGGGAGAGCUGGAGAAGAUCAGAGCCAAAGUGGAAGGCUGUGACAAAUGCAGCAACCUUUUUAACAAGGAAGGUCGCGUUCGGGCGGCCGUAUCCGCGGCGCCCCCCGGAGGUGGCGAGGAGACGGAUGAGGAGAAGGAGGAUUUGAAGAACCAGCUGAGGGAGAUGGAGCUGGAACUGGCGCAGACCAAACUGCAGCUGGUGGAGGCCGAGUGCAAGAUCCAGGACCUUGAGCACCAUCUCGGUCUGGCUCUCAACGAGGUCCAGGCGGCCAAGAAGACCUGGUUCAACCGAACGCUUAGCUCCAUCAAAACAGUCACGGGCACCCAGGGCAAGGAGACCACCUAACCCGCCUGGGUCUCAUUUGUGUCACCCAGAACUCGAACGCUUGUCGCUUGCCAACCAAGUGCACUGACAUAAGGGGCUUAAAAAAAACUUUGUUGCCACUCCCCCGUCCAGCGGUCUCACUUACAUACACUGUUUGGUUUGUGUCCUUGUUACUGCUGAUAUGACCCAACAAGAGGAGGAAGGUUGGACCUAACUGUAACCAUGGUAACAUGACAGAUGCACACACACCCUCCUUCCUGCCUCUCAAAAAAAAAAAAAAAAAAAAAAAAAAAACUACUGGCACAAUCUAAAAGACAGUUUUCGGUACAAGACCUGUUAGAUGAGUUUUUUUUUUUUUUUUUUUUUUUUGUAAUGUACAACUUUUUCUUUUGUCUAUGUAUGUUCAUAGAUGUGUUUGUGUAACGAGUGUGUGUGUGUGUGUGAAUGCUUAAAUAAUGAACUGAUUCCAAGUGUGUUGUGUAGGAAAUACAGAGAGAAAAAGCACGAAUGCAUGCAUGGACGAUAAGACAUAAUGUUUAAUGUUCUAAGGUGUGAACGGCACCACAGAGAAGAUGACGACUUUUUGCCAUGAAGAUGAAAAUUUAGCGUACGCGAUUCCUUCACACAAACAUAAGCAACCUCGUUCAUUUACUCACGUUGUCUGUUUGCUUUGGAGGCGUGAAUGGUUGUUUGUCUAAAAGUGACCUGCUAUUGACUGACCACCAGUCCAGCGUGUACCCCGCCACAUUCUCUAGAAAGUGGAUGGAUGAAAACCCGAAAGCAAUUUUCAUACUUGAUUUAAUGUAUUUUUAAUGUAUUGCUCAUAACCUCCUCUUAAGCAUUUUUCAAAAUGUCAGGUUAUCCCUUAAUAAUCAGAUUUAUGCAUCUUUCACUCAUAUGUCAACCAAAGUUAAAUGUACUAAAUGCCACCCUGACCAUAACCUUUUUUGUUAGCAUGCUUCCAGUUCUUGAAGUGGCACUGCUGCAAAUGUCACCCUAACCUUCACGAAAAGGAAAGUGGAUGGAUGGCUGUUUGCUUUGGCUCUUCAUCGCUAUGGAACUCCUGUGCGUGUGUUAAAGCUUGUUGAACCCGCUCCCCCCUUGCUUCCGAGCACCACCUGCUCGCCAACCCUAGAUCUUGGCAGAUACUUUGAAGUGCAGGGCGCUGCGCUGACUCUGACUUUCUUGACUGCAGCACACACGCAAAUGGAAGGCUUGUUGGUAGCACAUGCCAACACAUUACAAGUGCUACUAGCUUUGGCUAAUUUGGAGAAAAGGAGCAAAAAAUGACAACUACUAAUACAAAGUCUCGGUGUCAGUCCUCAGUUUCGAUUGCAGCGUGCUCUGACUUGGGGUUUACUUCCCCGCCAUACAAAUGGAAAUCAACAAACAGGAAAACGCCUCAGUUCCACGGAAGGAUUUACAGGGCUUUCCACAUUUUUGAUUAGCUAGUAAUGGUUUUUUUUAACCCAUUGUGUUAAUUGUUGAAAAACUCAACUAUUUGCUCUUUUUUUUGUGCAGACCUUUCUUGGCUAUCUUGUGGCAUUGUUCAACAACGAAACACCUUUUUUAGUGUGGGUGUCACUUCCUCGCAGAUUUCUGGUGUUCGCGGUAGGGAAAUGCUGUACAGUUGAACAAAACUAGAUUUCGCAUAGGAAGUAAAUAUUCCAGGUUCUUUUUAACAUUCUUAAGUCAUUAUUACAAUUGGAAAAAUACACCCUUUUAAUAUUGAAACAUUAAAAACACAAUGUGUGUUUGUGGUUCUAUUCUCUUUUGGUUGUUUCUUUUUCUGCCUCUGGUACCCUUCUGUGGAUUGUACCACUUUAUUGCAUCACAAUAUACUUUGCAGGCUUAUUUGCCUGAGUGAGUGAGUGAGUGAGUGAGUGAGUGUUACCUUUCGAAAGGCUGGUCCCCACAAGUGUCAUUCAGGAGUUGGUCAACGUAAGUCACGAAAAGCUGUGCAUGUUUGGGACUUUUACAAAGUUUGAUCCCCUGGAUUCAUGAAAAAAGAUUUUUGUGUGUUGACAGAAUGAAGUGAGUAACUGUCAUUCAUAAAAGAGGGGUCUCCAAAUGUCAUGUGUGUAUAUUCUGUACAAGGGUGGUCCCCAAAAGUGUCAUUUAGAAGGCGUGUCAAUGUGUAUAUGUCAUAUCUUGAAAGGGUGGUCUCCACAAGUGUCAUUCUGAAAAUUGAUGCACACAACUCAGAAAAACCUGUGUGUGAGAGACAGAGGUCCCCAUUUGACAUGAAAGUAUGAGAGGGAGUGGUCUCUACAGGUGUCAUUGAGCAAUGUUUGCCAGGUAACCAGAAAACCUGGGAGUGAAUGAGUGAGUGAGUGAGUGAGUGUGUGAGUGAGGGCAGGCCCGAAAGGAGGUUGUGGUGUUUUGUUGACUGCAUCGCAAGUGUAAAUUGCAUCUCGAGUUGAAGGUUGAACAGAGUGCUGCCGUUUGCAUUAAGAGAAAAGACAAAAGCAGCCUUUCUUCAGGCUGGCACUGGCUUGUGUAUAUUAUAAAUAUAUAUAAAUAUAAAUGAUGACGUUUUUCUUUAUGGUUUUCUACUCUUUAAGUCGACCUAACGUUGCCUACCUGCUGCUGUUGAAUAAUCCACCGGUGUGUUUCGACUUUGACUGCUGUUUUCUUGAAAUGAUGACAACGCCAAAAUGUAGCUUUACCAUACAACAACAACAAACAUUGAUAACCAUGUGUGGACAUUGUAGUAGUGUAGGAUGCAUUGUGGUGACUUUACAAGCUUCAGUAUAAAUAUAUGAAACCCA